AUGACGUCUCCAAGGUUUUACCAUCCAGCUGCAACCACUUUUCCAGCUUUUCCAUACUCGUUUUGUUAUUUGGGAUACACCAACACGGAGAUUUCGUUUCGUCUUCCAGGUUCUGUUACUCCAUGUUUCCAUCAAAGCUUUCAUGGUAUUCCGACCCAAAGCAAGAAUGAACAAAAACCAGCUGAGUCGUACAUCAGUCUUAUUGGAAAAGCAAUUCUUAGCUCUCCACAGCAGAAACUUGUUCUUGGUGAUAUCUACAACUACAUUCUUACAUAUCACCCUUACUUCAAGAAUAGAAGACCUGGAUGGCGUAACUCCAUACGCCACAACUUAUCGCUCAAUGAUUGUUUUGUUAAACUAGGUCGCUCUCCAAACGGCAAAGGACACUUCUGGGCAAUCAAUCCUCUUAACUAUGAGGACUUCAGUCGGGGAGACUUAGGGUAUAGACGGAAAGGAUCUUCCAAAAGAAAUCGAAGGAGUAUUUCACAGGAAAAAAAAUUACAGAUAUCAACGUUAGAAAAAGGCCAAGGUUGGAAAUCUUGUGAAGAUGUUGUUCCUCAGCGUACCAUAGAGAAAGCUCGUCAGUGCGACAACAGUUUUAUGGACAAUGAAAGGGGAUUGCGCCAAAGAAGUUUUCACAUCAAAAACAUUUUAUCCGACUGA